AUGAACAAGUUAAGACCAAUCCGUAUAUUAUUAUUAGGAGCACCAGGGUCCGGAAAGGGAACUCAAACUUCAAGAUUGUUAAAGCAAUUCAAUCAGCUUGAAUCAUUAUCUUCUGGUGAUAUUUUAAGAAGUCAAAUCGAUGCUGGAAGUGAGAUUGGAAAAGAAGCUUCAGAUUAUAUUCUGCGUGGUGAGUUAGUACCAGAUUCCACUAUGGUGUCACUUAUUACAAAUCAUUUGAAGACACUGAAUUGGCUUAGACCCGAGUCAAAUUGGUUAUUGGAUGGGUUUCCAAGAACAUAUAAUCAAGCACUUAAAUUAGAUGAAGCAUUACAAGGUAAUCAAGCUAAUUUAAAUAUGGUUGUUGAAUUAGAUGUUGAUCAAAAAGUGAUUUUACAAAGAAUUGAAAAUAGAUGGAUUCAUCCAUCAAGUGGAAGAGUUUACAAUUUAGAUUAUGAUCCUCCUAAAGUUCCAUUUAAAGAUGAUAUAACUGGAGAACCAUUAGUUAAAAGAAAAGAUGAUACCGUGGAAGUAUUUCAAAAGAGAUUAGAUCAAUAUAAUAAAACAAUUGAACCAUUAAAAGAAUUUUAUAAUCAAAAGAAUAUUUUAUAUUCAAUUGAAGGAAAUACUUCAGAUAUUAUUUAUCCAAAAUUACAACAAUUGAUUUUAAAUAAAUUUACUUAA